UCAGACAGGUGAGCUACCUACAGGAUUUGGUUAGUGCUACCUUCAGACAGAAAAUGUCCAGCCUGGAGAUUCCAGAGAUCACCACGUCAUCCGCCUCGUCAUCCCCCACCCCAGAGGACCACCACCACCAUCACCAUCACCACCACAACCUGACACGCUUCACUGGGAAAGGGGCGGAGGCGACCGGCAAGCGCGUGUUGAUAGGAGUGGACGGGAGUGAGCCGUCUAACUUUGCUUGUGAUUGGUACUUCCAACACCUGUGGACCAGUGAAGACUACAUCGUCCUCCUCAACUGCCCCGACCUACACGACACAGGGAGGAGCCAAUGGAACGCAGGCAAGUACGUGUUUGUUGACCGUGAGGUGGAGAACGUGAGGGUGAGAGAGGGGGAGGAGCAGCUACACCACGAGCUGGAGAAGUUUCGAGAAAAACUGCUUCAACAUUCUGCGCACGGCAAGGUCCGAGCCAUAUCGGCCAAAAGUCCGGAGGUCGCCAUCUUGAGGACGGCGGAGGAAGAGAAAUGUGACGUCAUAGUCAUUGGGUGCCGGGGACGGAGCGCACUCAGACGAACAAUUCUCGGGACAGUCAGUGACUACAUUGUGCACCACUCGCAUGUGCCGGUGGUCGUCUGUCGCCACAAGGUCAGCAGCCGAAGGUCAAGCUCCAUCGUCCCGCCCAAUCCAGACGAGCUGUCAUCCAAAUAGACCAAUCAAAUUGUACAUGCAACAUUUUUAAUUAGAUGCAAGCUCCAGAAUGCGACAUUUUUUAUGCUCUCAACUUUUUCUUCUCGACUAUUUCAGAUUUAUUUAUGUUGAUUUCUCAGACGUUUUCUCAGUGUUAACAUAAGCGAAUAAAUGGCGGACUGGAUUUGGUGGUUUUGUUUUUUGUAUUUUUGCGAUCUUUUUAGUUAUUUUAAGUUCUUCAAACAGAUCUUUGGUGAAACGACCGACAGGACUAACACCAAUUUAGAGUUGUAACAGUAAAAUAAACAAAUACACCAACAUCAAUUUAAAAUUUUGACAUAUAAGUAAGAUAGACAAACACUCCAACUCAAAUGAUGAAAGUAUCUUCGCGGCAUUAAUUACUUAUAAUUAUAACUUUGUUUAUUGAUC